AUGCCGAGAAUUACGGAGUACUUCCAUUGGAAUUGCCUCCGCGGUGCUCCAAAUCGGGGUGGCUGUCCCGUGCGCCACUCCGGUCGAGUCGAGAAAAGAAAAGAAAGUGGUCGAUCCGAUUUCACCGAGACAAUCUCUCUUGAUGGUUCCGGGUUGAAAUGA